AAAAUAAUCUGUCCAUGGAACAUCAAAUUGUGUUGAAGAAACUAAACGAGAUUAUUUUCUAUUACAUUCAUGAAGCACCAAGGCUUCGAAGAUUAUUUAUACGUUGGAGUUAUUUAGAAUUAUCUGAUCGCAAGAAUAUCGAUGAAAUCAUGCAAAAGGGCUUGCAAGAGAAACAAUAUCAAUUGUAUAUAAGUUUACGUGAUGCGUUGGAAGCUUGGGAACAUCUUCAAGAUACUCAAGGUGCACCUGGUUUUCAAUCGGGCAAAGUACAAUGUGCAUGCGCCAAAGGCAUAGAAAAUGAUUUAACAUGUGUAAUGAUUUUAUUAGAGAAUUGUCUAGAUAAAAUAUACGAACAAAAAACUGAUCAAUCAAAACGACCUUUUUCUUCCAUCACCAAUGCAGAUGAUGUUAUCGUUAAUCAUGAUUCACGAAUACUAUCAUCUAAUGAGUUAUCAAACACAACAAAAUUUACAUUUAAUAAUAAUUAUAAGAAAUUAACUUUAAUAGAUAGUAAAUCUGAUUCACGAAUAUCACGUGGAACUGUUGUUACAACAAAAUGCAGUGGAGAAGGGGGAUUAUUUACAAAAACAAAUGGUGAUAUACAUCGAAAUCAAAGGACUCGAUCUACUUCAGCAAAUGAACGUAAUGAUUGUAAAUUAAAUGAUUUUCAUAAAUUGAUAAAAUUUUCAUCAACGAAUGGUUAUCGUAGUGAAUAA